UGGCAAAGGCCACUACGGAAAGAAGAACAAUAAACAACCUUGUAGUUUCGUGCAAGCUAUCAAUUACGUAACAGCUAAACGCAAUACAGGAAGUCAGGCUCGGACGUACAUAAGAGAUCGCGUCAGAUGGGAAGCUCUCAAAAGCUCAUAGAUACACGCUAUGUAGUCUUCUUAUAUGUUAGUCCCGCUGUGCUUAUGGAAAAUGGUGACGUAGGUUCCCGCCAUGUUAACAAUAUCAUGUUACGAAAUCGUCUAUUGAUAGCUGACGCAAUGUUUGUUGGGCUUUAUACAUUGAUAGACAGCAUGCGCCGUGAAGGGUUCAAAGAGCGACGGAGAGGUCGCACUCUGUUGUAUACCUUCGUUACCGGCGCAGAACCAUGGCUGCCUUCGCUUGCACCGUGCUGGUUUUCCUGUGUGUCCUCCCCGGUACCUUCCUUCAACACACGGAUCCGGCGGAUUUCUGGUUUGAGCCAGCGGUUUUGAGCAUACUUGAGCGUACAGAGGACAAUGUAACGGUGCUGUACAACGCCACAGACUCCACUCUGCUGAAGGUGUCGUCUGCUAGGAGUGCGGUAGCUAUGCUGGACCAGGACACAUUCAAUCUAACCGCUGUGUCUAACAUUAACAACAGUUUAUCAGUACCUGUGCAGGCCGGGCAUAUUGGCAUUACGACCCUAAACUUUGAAAUGGACUCAGGAUCAAGUGCAACAGUUCUGGACUACACCGUGAAGGUGUACAGAGCCCGGCCACCCGGAGAUGCGGCUCUGAACUUUAUCCUCAUCCCGUUUCUAGUCGUGAACGCCUUCGCGAUGGGGACUGCGGUGGAGUGGCCUCUGGUGGUGAAGGUGCUGAAGAGACCGUACGGCGUUGCUAUCGGGGCCCUGUCUCAGUUCGCCUUCAUGCCGCUUCUCGCCUUCUGCUAUUCCAUGGCGUUUUCCCUUUCCGACGUCUACGCUAUUGGUAUCCUGAUGAUCGGGUCCUCCCCGGGAGGCGGCCUGAGCAACAUCCUGACGUUCUUCCUGGACGCCGACCUUCCCCUCAGCAUGACCAUGACAUUCGUGUCAACAUGUCUAGCCCUGGGGAUGAUGCCUCUCUCUCUCUUCAUCUAUGGACGGGCGUUCCAGUUGAACAGUAUCAAUGUGCCCUUCUCGAACAUCAUCAUCUCCCUCAUCUCCAUCACCGUCCCCGAGCUGCUGGGCAUCCUCCUGCGGCACAAGAAGCCGCACAUCGCCGAGAAGGUCAUGAAGGUCAUCCGGCCCGUCAGCGGCCUCUUCAUCCUCGCUCUGAUCGUCAUGGGCGUCAUGGUCAACCUUCACGUCAUCUACACGCCUUGGCAACCCAUCUUGGUAGCGUUUCUGUUGCCAUUCACUGGGUUUAUCAUCGGUUUCGUGCUGGCCAAGAUUUUCUGCCUCGACAACAACAGAGCCAGGACCGUCUCCAUAGAGACCGGGGUGCAGAACGGAACGCUGGCUUCCGCCAUGAUCCGGCUCUCGUUCCCACAGCCGGAAGCAGACCUCUCGUUCUCAGUGAACUUUGUGAGCAACAUGUUCCAAGUUGGCCUUUCGCUGCUGGCAGUCGCAGUGUAUAACAUCUACCGGUGUAGAAACCCCGUCGCUAAAGAAGAACAGAUGACUAAUCUUGAGGACCAGUCUAGCACCGUCAAUGGACAAGUUAAUCCUGUUGCGAUAUCUGACAUAAAAGAGGGAGAUCCUAAACUAACCAUGGCUGCCUUCGCUUGUACCGUGCUGGUUUUCCUGUGCGUCCUCCCCGGCACCUUCCUUCAACACACGGAUCCGGACUUCUGGUUCGAGCCGGAGAUUCUGAGCAUACUAGAGCGUACAGAGGACAACGUCACGCUCAUAUACAAUGGUCCAAACUCGACAGACUCCAUUCUGCUCAAGGUGUCGUCUGCUAGGAGUUCGGUAGCUAUGCUGAGCCAGGACACAUUCAAUCUAAGCGCUGUGUCUAACAACAGUCUAUUAGUACCUGUGCAGGCUGGGCAUCUUGGCAUUACGACCCUGGACUUCGAAAUAAACUCGCCGGGAGAAACUACCAUAGUUCGCGACUACACGGUGAAAGUGAUCAGAGAACGACCGCCCGUGGAUUCUGCUCUGACCUAUAUUCUCCUCCCGUUUCUGAUCGUGAACCACUUCGCGAUGGGGACUGCGGUGGAGUGGCCUCUGGUGGUGGCGGUGCUGAAGAGGCCGUACGGCGUGGCUAUCGGGGCCCUGUCUCAGUUCGUCUUCAUGCCGCUCCUGGCCUUCAGCUAUUCCAUGGCGUUUUCUCUUUCCGACGCCUACGCUAUAGGUGUCCUGCUGGUCGGGUCCUCCCCGGGAGGCGGAAUGAGCAACAUCCUGACGUACUUCAUGGACGCUGACCUCCCCCUCAGUAUGACCAUGACCUUCGUGUCCACAUGUCUGGCCCUGGGAAUGAUGCCGCUCUCACUCUACAUCUAUGGACAGGCGUUCGGCUUAGACAGCAUCGAAGUGCCCUUCGUAACCAUCAUCACCUCCUUGUUGUCCAUCACCGCCCCUAAGCUGCUGGGCAUCCUCCUGCGGCACAAGAAGCCGCACAUCGCCAAGAAGGUCAUGAAGGUCAUCCGGCCCAUCAGCCUGCUCUGCAUCAUCACCGUGGUCGUGAUGGGCGUCAUAGUCAACCUCCACGUCAUCUACACGCCUUGGCAGCCCAUCAUGGCGACGUUUCUGCUGCCGCUGUCUGGGUUUAUCAUCGGUUUCAGUCUGGCCAAGAUUUUCCGCCUCGACAACAACAGGGCCAGGACCGUCUCCAUAGAGACCGGUGUGCAAAACGGAACGAUCGCUGCCGCCAUGAUCCGGCUCGCGUUCCCUCAACCGGAAAUGGACCUGUCCUUCGCGGUGUCCUUCCUGAAUAGCGUUUUCCAAGUUGGCAUUGGGGUGCUCGCAGUCACAGCGUAUAAUAUUUACAGGUGUAGAAAUCCCGCCGCUAAAGAAGAGAAGAUUAUUAAUGAUGAUGACGAGGAGGACCAGUCUAGCAGCGUUGUGAUAUCUGAUCUUAAGGACCAGUCUAGCAGUGUGAAUGGAGAAGCUAUUAUAAAUCCCAUUGUGAUAUCUGAUACCAAGGAGGGAGAUACCCAGCUGACCCAACUGUAGACGCACAAUUUUUCAAUCAUAAUCAGAUGCACGGUUUAAACUUCGCAUGCGCAGAUUGUUUGUAUUACGCAACCAGUAAACCGCUUCAUGGCGUAACACUAACUUACCAGGUUUUUGCUGAGCAGUACAAGCUGCAUUUCCAGCCGGAUAUACUGUAGAAGCCAGUUAAUUGCACAACGGAUUAACGCACACUUCUGUUAACUGCACGGAAUCCCAAACCGGUGCGGUCCAGCUAGAUAGCUUCGCAUUAUUGCACCAUCCGGAUAAUUGCACGAAAUUCACUGGCAAAUAGGCCAUGCAAUUAAACGGCUUCUACUUGUAUUUGAUACUUGAUACAAUCACCGGGAUGGAUCCAAGCUCUCUUCGAUAAGCGUGGUGGGCUCUAAACGGGGCAUGUUAGGGCGUUCGCACCCAUGAACUCUAGGCUCUGGGCCAAAUAUCUCAUCAUUACACCACGCUUGCGCCACGCACAGUGUGAUACGCUUUCACCUUUGACCUCAUGCAUAUGCAAUAUAAACCGCGAAACGGCGUUGACGUCACGUGAGCACAAAUACACUGACGUCACAGCUGAUCAUGAUGGGUGGGAGCAGUUAGUUUGGAUGUGAAUCUAAAUUUAAGAUGGCGACCAGUCAUUCCAUUUGAAUUCCUAUUCUGGGGCUCU